AUGGAAAAUAAUGAUUUCUCGAACACUGAUUUUUCCGUUCCUGGAUAUCAAGGUCCAAGCAACUGCAAGCAAAAACAGCUUGGUUCGCUCGAAGCUUGUCCAUCUAUUAUUGGCGAUGAAUUUUCCGGUUCCAGUGAAGACGAGUAUCCAGAUAUAUUUUUACCAAAGACCUUCAUUUUAGAUCAUAACUAUGUCUCACAAGCUGAAGUGGAUGUGGGGAAUGGAGUUGGAAGGGAGGAGAAUCUGAAGCCUUCCCACAAUUCAACUGAUUUUGAUGAAUUUUCUGAUUUUAGUGAUGAAUUCGAGAAAGAAAAUCAUCCAAAGCUAGACGCGCUGAAGACGAACGAAAAGAAUCAGUUUUCGAGCUAUCUUGGUGUCGAAUUUUCAUCGUCUGAUGAUACUGAAUUUUCAUCAACUAAUGAUGCAAAUUUUCCACAUUCCAAUGAACAAUUGAUAACAGUGUUCAAAAAUGUCCCUUUAGAUGAUUUUGGAUGCCAGUUUCGUAGCAGAUUAUUUCCCAAAGAUGACACUGCUGUAUUGGUAAGUUAUUUUUAUGCUGGAUUUGAAACUGCCAAAAUUUGA